AUGGCGAGCCUUGCUUCGUCUACACCCUUCGAAUCCAUCUUGUCCAUACCUGGUCCAGUCCCAUUGAUUAUUGACAAUAAACCAGUAACCACUUCCAAUACGUACACCGUUCUUAGCCCCAAUGAUCCUGAAAAUCCGCCACUACAUGAUGUGUAUGCUGCGAAUUUGACACAAGUCAACCUCGCAAUCGAAAGUGCCCAGAAAGCCUUCGGCACAUGGCGCAAGACAACUUUCCUGCAGCGACGGGAGCUCUUGAUUAAGGCUGCUGAUAUCUUGAAACGAAGAAGCGAGGAGUUUACCGCGCUGACCAUGAGCGAAACGACGAAUAGUUUUGGCUUGGCUGCGUUCGAAACAUGGAGUGCGGUUACACAGCUUGACGAAGUGGCGGCUAAUAUUGCGACGGCAAUGACGACCGUUCAGCCUCCCGCUCUCGAUAACCCCUUCCAACAAGCAUAUGUCUCACGACAUCCAUUCGGUGUCGUCCUUUCUGUCGUCCCGUGGAAUGGCCCCAUAGCACUUUCCGUCCGUGCCGUCAUUAAUCCUAUUGCGGCUGGGAACACCGUCAUUCUUAAGACAAGCGAGUACUCUCCGAAGAGCAAUAUGAUAAUUGUAGACUGUCUGAGAGAGGCCGGUAUCCCUGACGGUGUUGUGAAUGUCGUUCACGUCAAUCGCGAAGACGGAUGGGGGAUUCUGGAGAGUAUGAUCAAGCAUCCUGCCAUUCGAAAAGUCAACUUUACAGGUUCGGAUGCUACGGCGACACACAUUGCUCAGAUAUGUGGGAAAUGGCUCAAACCCGUCAUGCUCGAAUUGGGAGGAAAUGCCACUCAGAUCGUUCUGGAGGAUGCGGACGUUGAGCAUGCGGCGAAGUGUGCCGCCUUUGGGAAAUUCUUACAUUCGGGACAGGUCUGCAUGAGCACCAAUAACGUUCUAGUGCACGAAAGCAUCGCUGAUGUUUUCAGUGACGCAGUGAAACGGGAGCUUGUGAAUGUUGUUGCUGGCCAUGCGGUCGGCCCCAAUCAGCUCCGAGGGCUUUUCAAUCCUGCGUCUGUUCGUCGCGUGCAGCAGCUCGUCGAGCAGGCGAGGAAUGCUGGCGCAAAGGUGAUUAUUAGCGAAGUCACAAAUGUUAUGCAACCUGUCGUACUGGAUCAUGUUACGCCAAAUAUGGAUAUCUUCCGUACGGAAAUCUUCGGUCCCGCAUUGGGGAUUUCUCGUUUCAAGACGGUCGAAGAGGCCAUCACUGUCGCCAAUGAAAGCGAGUAUGGUCUUGCUGCUGCUGUCCAUGGGAAGGAUGUCGCACGUGCAAUGCAAGUCGCUUCUCAGAUCGAUUGCGGGAAUGUGAGUGUGAAUUCACACACCCUUGAUGGCAGUCCUCGACUUCCAUAUGGUGGAUGGAAGAAAUCUGGAUUUGGCGUUUUCAAUGGGCUCCAGGGUAUUCAAGAGUUUACCCAGAUCAAGGUGACCGUUGUGUCACCGAUCGGCUAUGCUCAAUCGCUAUCCGGUUGA